GCCUCGGUUGCUGCAAGUUUCAAGUUUUCGGAUUCCCUCCCUCGGGGUUCGGGGGAAAUUUGGGGGGAUUUGGAAGUUCCAGGGGGGCACAGCACCCACCCUCCCGCCCGGCACUGCCGGGGCCUUCAGCCCCGGCCGCACCAUGGUGUCCUGGAUCCUCAGCCGGGUGAUUGAGCUGCUCUUCGGGAUGCUCUACCCGGCCUACGCCUCCUACAAGGCUGUGAAGACAAAAAACAUCCGGGAAUACGUCCGAUGGAUGAUGUACUGGAUUGUCUUCGCUCUCUUCAUGGCCACAGAGACCUUCACUGACCUCCUCAUUUCCUGGUUCCCCUUCUACUACGAGGUGAAGAUGGCCUUUGUCAUCUGGCUGCUGUCCCCGUACACGCGGGGGGCCAGCCUGCUCUACCGCCGCUUCGUGCACCCCACGCUGGCCCGCAGGGAGAAGGACAUCGAUGCGUUCCUGGUCCAGGCGCGUGAGCGCGGCUACGAGACCAUGGUGCGCUUUGGCAAGAGGGGCCUCAACCUGGCAGCCACUGCCGCCGUCCAGGCGGCCACCAAGAGCCAGGGCGCGCUGGCCGGGCGGCUCCGCAGCUUCAGCAUGCAGGACCUGCGCUCGCUGCCCGAGCAGGUCCCCAUGCACUUCCAGGACCCGCUGUACCUGGAGGAGCAGGAGAGCCUCCGGCAGCCCCUGGGUGAGGAGCUGGGGGUCACAGCGAGGGGCGCCUGCAGCAAAGCCCACGGCGGCCAUGCUGGAGCUGGCUUGUCCCCCCUGUCCCCAGCCUACGGCACCGGCCGCCGCUAUGAGAGCGACACGGACGAUGAGGAAAUGUGGUCAGACUCGCAGUUGUCCCCCCCAGCGCCGCCACGCCGGGAUUCCAAACCCCUGUCCCGCAGCCAGAGCCUGCGAUCCCUGAGGAAGAACCCAGGAAAGGAGGCCUCCUCCCGGCUCCUGCGCAGCCGAGCCAAGAGAAAAGCGGCCCUGUCGGAGCAGGACAGCUGAAAAUCCGGGGAAACCUCUGCCAGGAGGCUGGAAAGGAAUUUGCUGCUGCAUCAGGAGGGAGCUGUGGCUCCUGCAUCCCCGGGGUGGCUCCUGCGCCCCUGGGGAUCCUCACUCUGUAAAUCCCUUCCGUGACCUCUGCGGUGCCUCAAGGAGGGGGGAGCAGCUCAUCCCCCCUCCCCAGACCCCCCAGCUUGGCGCCGGCGCCUCUCAGGUGGGGUCUGGCCCCUCCUUCUCCCCCAUCCUGUGAACACUACAUGCUCCCCCCCUCUCCUGCUGCCAUGGUGCCUUAUUCCCAACAUUCCCGUUGCCCUGGGAGCCAGGAGUGGAUGUGCUUUGUCCCUCUGAAGCCAAAGGCAUGACUCAGACACAGACUGACACCCGGAGCGCCGGGCAGCACACGGCUUUUAACAUUCCCCUCUCCCAAAAAGGGGGUUUUGUACAUGGAGAAAUAAAGGUUGUUUCAGACUUUGGUGCUGUCCCCUUCCA